AUAGAUAAACCUCUUUAGAAAAAAGCAACUCGCCGUGGAUUGUUGUCACUUUAAUUCGUUCUGUCUCUAAGAAGCAGCUGCACAUAACGAUCUCGAAGGCAAGAUCAUCAGGAUUACAUGUGUAUGCCAAAGGUGGCGCAUCCGAGAAAUAAACGCGAGCAUACAAGCUGGAGGAUUGGAGUCGAUGAAACAGAGGUUGACGAAUGGCUUUUAAACCAGUCCUACCAGACGACACAAACUGGCCCGAGUGCUACUGGUGCAGAAAUGGAGGUUCCGAUGUUUUCAGGGAUGAUGAGGGAGAGGGAGAUGUCCGUGAUGGUGUCAGCUUUGACGCAUGUGGUCUCUGGAAAGGUCCCGGAUGGCUUGAUGGAGGAUGGGUUGGGUUUGACGCCAAGCGUGGCAUCUAGUACUUCUGGGGCUUCUUAUUCUUCUGGUUCGUCCUAUGUCGGAGUUGAGCAGAAGAGAGAACGAGAAGUGGAGGGUGGUGAUGGUGGAGAGUUUUGUGAACCGGCUACAAGUCGUUUUAGAGCUUUUGGUGACUUUACACAUGGUGGUUCAUCCUCUGGCCCGAGAGCUACAGAAGGCUUGAGCACUAGGCAGACAAGCAGUACCACAAUACCAACACAAAUAGCAUCAACUCCAGCAUAUGAAUACAACAAAGAAACUUAUACAGAAGAACCAAGAAGAAGGUACAGGGGAGUGAGACAGAGACCAUGGGGCAAAUGGGCAGCAGAGAUAAGAGAUCCGUUCAAAGCUGCCAGAGUCUGGCUAGGCACGUUCGACACUGCAGAAGCUGCAGCACAAGCCUACGACGAAGCCGCCCUCCGGUUCAGAGGCAACAAGGCCAAACUCAACUUCCCCGAGAAUGUCAGCCUCCGAUCUUCAUCCGCCAAUUCUCCUUCGACCCAGUUUACAAUAUCGGAUUCUCCAAAUACCCUUUUGGACCUUCCAACAUCCACUGAGCCUAUUGUUCACACUCGGCCACUUCACCAUUUGCAAGGCUCUCAGGCUGACUAUUCACAUCAGUUCUUUGAUUUUCAGAUGCAACCCAUGAUCAGCCUGUAUGAUCAGAUGGUUUUGUCAUCUUCAAUGUCUUCUCCUUUUCAAUCUUCUCCUUCACCAUCAAUCUCCUCUUCGCCGCUUGCUUCAUUUGUUUCUUCGUCUUCUUCAUCUCCACCACCUUCAUUUUCUACGUUUUUCCCCGCUCAGUCAUCGAUUCAUGACCUUCCGCCGGUGACUAGUCAUAGUGCCGCGCCCCCAUUUCCAGCAUCAGCUUGGUCGGAUCCUGGUCACCAUACUCCACCCUCUGAAUAAUUUUCUUUUUUAUUCUUAUUUUUAUCUUUUUCUUGGUUGUAUUCUCAGUUUAAUUUCUUGUUUCUUUUUUUAAAU